AUGGCUGACGACGUUGAUAAAACUAAUACGGGUGAAACGACACCACAGCAGCAAAUCGUAUUGAUUGGCGAGGCUGAUUCCACCAAUCCCAACAUUCGCAAGUACAAGAAUCUUACCUAUGAUAUCACCGAUCCGAAAUACCAAGGUCUUUCAAAGAAUGCGCUCAAGCGGGUACUCAAGGAAGAGCACUGGAAUGCUACACGUGACGAACGCAACAAACGACAAAAGGAGAAGCAUAAGCAAAAGCAUGCAGAGCGACGAAAGCUUAUUGAAGAAGGCGUGAUCCCUGCACCACCACCCAAGCGACCCAAGGUUGUGAAUCCAAGCAACGUCAAGGUUGCUAUUGAUUGUUCAUUUUCUUCGUACAUGAAUGAAAAGGAGGUCAAGUCUUUGCAAGCCCAGCUUGUGCGAUGCUAUAGCGCUAAUCGUCACUGUGAGCGUCCAAUGCAUCUCACCAUCACUUCAUUCGAUGAUCUACUCAAAGGCAUGUUCGAUACCAAGGAACCAACGUACAGCAAUUGGAAAGACAUCACCUUCACCAAUGACACCUAUUUGGAUACAUUCGACAAGUCUAAACUCGUGUAUCUCUCGGCUGACUCUGACAACACAAUUGAAAAGCUGGAUGAGGAUAAGGUGUAUAUUAUUGGUGGUAUUGUGGAUAAGAAUCGGUACAAGAAUCUCUGCCAAAACAAGGCUCAAGAACAAGGCAUUGAAACUGCCAGACUUCCUAUUGGAGAAUAUCUGCAAAUGGCUAGUCGUAAAGUAUUGACCGUUAAUCAUGUCUAUGAAAUCAUGCUGAAAUGGUUGGAAAACGAGGAUUGGAAUCAAGCUUUCAAGGCAGUAAUCCCAGGAAGGAAGCUAAAGGAUAGCAAAUGGUUGGAUGGUGCCAAAGAGUGCAAUGAAAAGCAAAAGGAAGAAGGCUCCGUUUCCAAGGAUACGAAGGAUGAUGAAUCCAAAGAGGGCAAUGGAAAGCAACAAGAAGAAGGUCCGGUUUCCAAGGAUACCAAGGAGGAUGAUGAAUCCCAUCAGGAUAAUGAGACGCAGCAAGAAGGAUCCGUUUCCAUAGAUACAAAGGAUAAUGAAUCCAAGCAGGAUGUAGAAGCAUAG